AUGGCUCAAUUUCACUUUACAGGUGCAACAACAUACAAUACCAGUAACGAAAGUGGUUCACACGGCUGGGUCGCGUAUGAAUGUAUUGACUGGGAUGGAUUGUUUUCUCAUAAGGCACGGGACCCUUCAGAUACACCAAUACAACUCAGGUGGAAAGAGAAAUCAGAUAUACAAGUUGCAGGCAUGUUAUCAUUUUACAUCUUGACAAAAGGAAAGCAUCCGUUUGGUCCGAAAAUAGUCCGACUGAUGAAUUUGCAUGCUAACAAUCCAGAGCAUUUAAGAGAGCUCAGCGAUCCUGUGGUCAAAGACCUGCUUUCUCGGAUGUGUGCUCGGGAGCUAGAUAAGCGACCAUAUGUGGAGCAAGCCUUGAAGCAUCCUUACUUUCUCUCUCUCGAAGAGCAGAUGAAAUUUGUAGAAACUGUAGGCAACGAACCUAAAUUAAAGAAUUACUGUGCUGUUUACAGACAGCUGAACAACCUUGAUCCAUCCAAACCUCGAAGUCCGUUGUUACCAAAGGAUUGGAAAACAGUGAUUGGCCACGAUGACCUCGACACAUUGUGUAGAGGAGGUUACCGCUCCCCGUCAUUGUAUAAUGGUAGCCGGUAUACUGAUUGUCUUCGAUUGAUACGAAACACAUUUCAGCAUCGGGAUGGCAAACUGCAUCAAUUGAAAAAGAAGACACGGACUACUUCUUCUGUCGAGGAAUAUUUUUCUCAGUUAUUUCCUACACUCCCACUUGUUCUUCAUCAAAUAAUCCGAGAGGAUCCUGUCUGGAAAAAACUCCCUGCCUUGAAGGAGUUUUUUCCUGAGAUAAACCGUCACACAGUGUCUGAUGUAGACUAAAGCAUACACAAAUAUCUGCCAGGUUAGUAUAUUUCAUUAUAAUGGUUUUCAGUGUUCCUUUAUUACCAUAAUGUAUUUAUUUGAGCCCAUUAUGGCAACAUUUUCGGUCGACUUGUUAUUAGAUUAUUAACCACCAUUUUGAACCUUAUUGACAUAUUAUUGUAUAAUUAUCACAUGUUUUGUCAAUUAAGGCCCUGUCACAAUAUUGCGUACGAGAGAAACGUAUGAGAAGCGUAUGAAAUAAUUUUCAUACGCACAAAAAUCCUUUGAAAUACCAGCGUAUGAGUACCGUACAUCUGGCGUACCUCUAGCGUAUUCAGCGUGUGCCUAGAGUAUAUGCUUAUCGUAUAAAGCAUACGUCCGAUACGCACAAAAUUUUUGAACAUGCUUAAAAAAAAUUUUCUGCCUCGCCGUAUGCCAGCGUAUGUCACCGUAUGCGACCGUGCUUGAAACGUAUACAACCUAUGCCUAACGUACCCCUAGCGUAUGUCAGCGUAUACCGGCGUAUGAGUGAUAUUUUUCAUACGCUGGAAUACGCUAGUAUGAUACGCAAUAGUGUGACAGGGCCUUUAAGUGUAUUUUUUAAGAACAAUAUAUGUAUUUUACAUAUUUGUAUAUUUUUUCAGAGAUUCGUCAAGGCGAUGUCGUUU